AUGGACGCUACGAACCUUUACAACCAAGUGCAGAGUCACUAUGGCUCUCUUGCUACCGGCGGACAAAGCUCCAAGUACGGCCAUUCCGUUGCCGUCGCAUUUGGGUACUCGGAGGAAGAGUUAUCAAACGUUCCUGAAGAUGCUCAGAUGGGCUUGUGCUGUGGCAAUGCCAUCACCAUGGCUGCCCUCAAAGAGGGCGAAACCGUGGUUGAUUUUGGUUGCGGAGCAGGGUUUGAUGUGUUUCUUGCAGCCAAGCGGGUUGGCCCUACUGGACGGGUGAUCGGAGUGGAUAGGAACAAAGAUAUGCUGGCACGAGCACAUCGGAACAAGGAGACCGCGAAAGCAACCAACGUGGAGUUCGUCGAAUCACCCAUAGUCAAGAUUGACACCGGUUCGUCCGAAGCCGACUGCAUCAUCAGCAACUGCGUCGUCAACCUCGUCCCGGAAGAGGAGAAGCAGCUCGUCUUCAAUGAGAUGCAUCGCAUCCUGAAGCCAGGAGGAAGGGUUGCGGUGAGCGACAUCCUUGCCAAGAAGGAAUUGCCGGAACAGCUGAAGAAAGAUAUGGCACUCUAUGUUGGCUGCAUCUCCGGAGCGUCGCAGGUUCAGGAUUAUGAGAAGUAUUUGAAGACUGCCGGAUUCAGUGCGCCAGAUAUCCUCCUCGUGGACAGCAAAAGCGACCUGAAUGUCUACACCACCACAGGUGAAGACGGCACAGCUGGAAGUGAGCAGCCGAACAUACCCUGCUGUGGUCCGGCCAAAGCCGAGACCUCCUUCGUCGAGAGCGUAGUGAAGAACGUUGACUUUAACGAAUGGGCAGGUUCAUUCAAGAUAUAUGCAGUUAAGGGGCAACAAUGA